CCGCUUUUGUGGAAUCAUAUUAGUCCAUUUUCUCCAGUGGAGCAGAGUGUGCGGGUUCUCAUCGCCCUUUCCUGUCUCUCUCUCUGUUCAUGACUGAUUCGAGCAUCCGUGAAGGUUGAUUCAGAUAUUUUUCCAACUAAUUGGUAUUAGGUUGCGCAAUGUUGACUUUCCAAACUUAAAUUGACUGCAAAAGGAAUUGGGAAACGAUGAAGACAAAUAAAUUUAGCAAAUUUAUCUCUUCCAUUAAAACCCAUAUCCAUCAUGGGAACAAUGAGAAACUGGAGAAUAAGAAAGAAACUGAGAACAAAGUAGAUAGAUUACUUCAGCUCAUAGAGAAUGGUACAAUCUCUAUGAAUUCAGUAAACAAGUCUGAAUUAACUACUCUUAUUGAGGAUAUUCACAAAAGUUAUCAAGCAAUCUAUGGGCACUACGAUGAGUUGACUGAGUAUCUAAAGAAGAAAUUUCACAAGAAAGGAGACAACAGUGGCAUAUCAUCUAAUUUCUCAACAUACUCAGAAUCCUCCGAUUCUUCAGAUUCAGAAUUAGUAGGGUUUAAAAAUAACUCAAUUGAGAGUGAUGAGGAGCAGGAAGAUUACAGUGCAGUGAAGGAGAGGCUUGAAUCUAUGAGUAGGAGAUAUGAUGAGCUCAAGAGGGAAUUUACCUUAACAACAGUGAGGCUCGAGCAGUUUGAAGGUUUUCAGCCCCAAUUGUUAAAAGCUCUAGAUAUGAACAAAGACCUUGAGCAGAAGUUAGAGGCCUCCUUGGAGCAAAAACAAGAAUUGAAUCAAAGAAUGAACACUAUGCAUUAUCAAAUUCAAUGUCUGGAAUCAGAGAAAACAGAAAUAUUGCAGAAGCUACAAGAGUCUGAAAAAUAUAUUGAAGGAUAUAUUUGUGAAAUCAAUCAGAUGAAAAACAAGCUAAUGACAAUGGAAUCUGAUGGCAACCGUUUAAAGCAAGAAUCUGAAGAAAAAUCCAAGGAAAUGACUAAUGUCCGGGAGUAUUGUGUUCUAGAAAAGGAAAUAGAAGCUCUCAUACUUCUCAGCAAGAUGCAGGAAGAUAAAACCUUGGCUGACCAAAGAGAUGAAGCUAUCCAAAAUCUGAAAGUAUCAAAUGAUGAGUUGUGCGCUAAGAUUACACAGUUGUUGUCCGAAAACAAAACAUUGAAUCAUGAUUUGGAUGCAGCUGACAAGAAUGGACAUGAAUUAACCAGUAGAUUGGAAGGUGUAGAAGAAGAGAUUAAAGCUUCAAAGUCUGAGAUCAUUGAUCUGAAAACAAAACUUAAAAUUUCAAACAAUGAUAUUGCCCAUUUGCUCAGUGGCAUUGAGAGUUUAGACAGGCAAUUGGAAAGCAAAAAUGCUGAAAAUGAAAAUUUGGCAUUAAAACAUCGAGAGGCUGCAACAAGUGCUGAAGAAGAACAUGAUAAAGUCGAGGUGCUUCAAAAGGAAAUAGAAGAGGUGAAGGAUGAAAUUUCCCAUGCAUAUGGAGCGUAUAAAUUAGAACUUCAAUCUAAACAGCAGAGUGAACAUAACUUGUUGAUGGAUACGAACACAACUACGAUCGAAAAGCUUGUCCUGGUUGAAGAAAAUAAAGAACUAUUGGCCAAAGUAAAGAUAUCUGAGAAUUUGAUUGAGGGUCUAAAAGCUCAGCGAAAAAGGUGUGAUAUCUUGGUAUCCGAUUUUGAGGUCAAGACACAGAAUUUAGAAAUUGAACUGAAAUCUGCAAAUCUCCAAUUGACUGAGGCAAAAAAGAAACAUAAAACUAAUAGUAAACAAAUUACAAAUUUGGCGAUGAAGAACACAAAGCUGUUGGAUGAGAAAUAUUCGCUGCAUAUUCAUAUAAGUGAACUGAAGAAACAGUUGACGUGGUCCAGAAACUUCAAUACGGAAAGUAUCAAUAAUUUCUCUGAACAAAGUCUGAGUUUAUUAAAUAAACUGGAUGAUACAGUUAAACAGAAGUUUUUGGAACAGGAAAACCAUCUGAUAACUCUAAAAGAUGGCUUAAAGAGCUUACAUACUUUGUCAAAGCAACUCAAUCAUCAGUUUCACGAAUCGUGCCAGAAGUUGGAUCAUGCAGAAGCUGUUAGCCAGGAGCAGGCGAGAGAAAUAUACAAACAGGAGGUGAAGAUUGAGGAGCUUCAGAAAACCUUAGAACUAUGUGAAGUAGAGAAAGAAGCAGCGAGCAGAGAGAUGGCAUGCCUGAAAAUCCAACUUGAUCUUGCAGAAACUGCCAGCCAAGAGCAGGUGAUACAAAUAAACAAACUGACUGCCAAGGUCGAUGACCUUCUGCAAAACCUAAAACUAUCUGAAGCAGAAAAGUCAGAAACGAGCAAAGAGAUAACAUGUCUAAAAAGCCAAGUAGAAAGCCAACAAUGUCUGUUCAAUCAGAAUCUAAAAACCAUGGAAGCUGAGUACGCUGAGAAACAAGCGUCGUUGGAAUGCAGCAUCCAACUGUUGAGGCAUGAGGUUGCGAUAUUGAAUACUCAGCUAAAAGAAUCAAGGCAUGAAGUUUUUAAAGCAGUUCAGAUAGGCACGAUGGAGGUUUCAGAGUUUUGUCGGGAACUAAAUAUGUUGGAAUCUCAGGUGAAGCAGGAGCACUUCGAUAGGUUCACUCAGCUAUCUUCCUUGACAUCAGAGGCAAGGAAUCUGUUGUUGCAAGUCCGCCAACUGAUGAAUGCUAAGCAUGAAAUGAACUUGGAGAUACAAGACAUGGCCCAAAGAUUGAAGAACAGUGAAGAGACUAUCGCAGCCUUUAAGCGAAAGGCAGAAGAAAUGAAGGCUCAGUUAGCCGAGACGGAAAAGGAGAUGGGGAAUGUAGUGACGAAAAGUAUUGAGUUGGAUCGGCGGAUCGAUGAACUGGAGAGGUGCGUAAAGGAAAAGGAUGAGGAGAUAACGUCAAGGAAAAUGGAGAAAUUGGAGGCAAUAAAUCAAUUGAGCAUCAUGAUCGAUUAUCAGCAAGAGAAGUAUCGGCAGUUGAGUGAUUACGUACUAUCACUCAAGUCCGCAAGGCGUUUGGUUGGGUUUGAAUAGAUUGGCUGAUCCUUCGUGAUUGAUUCAUGGAAGUGUAGAAAUAAGGUAGUUUAGGGUUUAGUCCCGUAAUUUGCUGGUAUUCGCAUAGCUCCUGUUUUUCCCUUUUUUUUUUCUUUUUUUUUUGUUGUUUGUUUCUAUAUGGUGGGUUUGUUGUAGUAUUUUUAAGCUCGAGUUUUCUUCUUU